UGGACCACUUCUACACCAACACUUUAGUUCCACUCGGUACUCAAAUGCUGAUUCGAGUUCAUGCAACAGCAAGAACACUCACAUCCACCAUCAUUCACUCCAAUCAUUCACCAAAUUCUCAUCACCAAUGGCGAUUUUUACAUCACAAACACUCACCACAAACAACCCACAAUCCCCAUCACCCUUCAAACCUCACGAAUCGCUCACCAUUAGAGUAUCAAUCAAUCCUCAAAACCUUCAUAGCCCGAAGGGCAAUUCAACCCGGUAGACAGCUUCACGCACACCUUUGCGUAAAAGGGUUCGGUUACGACACCAUUUUAGGCACAAAGCUCGUUGAUUUAUACUGUUCUUGUAACCAUUUGUCCAAUGCACACCAACUGUUUGAUAAAAUUCCUAAACGAAAUGUGUUCCUUUGGAACGUUUUAAUUCGUGGGUAUGCGUGGAACGGGCCGUAUAAUAAUGCGGUUUCGCUGUAUUAUAACAUGAUUGAUCAUGGGGUUGUGCCUGAUAAUUUUACUUUCCCGUUUGUGCUCAAAGCGUGCUCGAAUCUUAGCGCGAUUGAUGUGGGCCGGGAUGUUCAUGAACAUGUGGCGAGGACCGGGUGGGAGACGGAUGUUUUCGUGGGCGCUGCGUUGAUCGAUAUGUACGCGAAAUGUGGUGAUGUUGGUAGCGCACGCCAGGUGUUUGAUAAAAUAGUUGAGAGAGAUGUUGUUAUGUGGAACUCGAUGCUUGCUGCUUAUGCGCAAAACGGGCGUGCGGAUGAGUGUUUGGUUUUGUGCGGUGACAUGGCGUUAUGCAAAAUGAGACCGACUGUUGCGACUCUGGUGACUGCUAUCUCGUCGGCUGCUGACAUGGCGGCGCUUCCGCAAGGGCGAGAGCUUCACGCGUAUAGCUGGAGACAAGGGUUUGAAGUUCAAGAUAAAGUGAAAACCGCGUUAGUUGAUAUGUAUGCGAAAAGUGGUUCGGUUAAAGUAGCGAGAAAUCUUUUCAACAUGUUGAUGGAGAAACGUGUCGUUUCUUGGAACGCUAUGAUCACUGGUUACGCGAUGCACGGGUAUGCUAUGGAGGCACUCGCGUUAUUCAACAAAAUGACUUGCGAAACGCAGCCGGAUCAUAUAACGUUCGUGGGCGUUCUCUCGGCUUGUAAUCAUGGAGGUUUACUUAACAAAGGUAAGGAGUUGUUUGACUUAAUGAUACGCGAAUACAAGAUAACGCCUACGGUUCAACACUAUUCGUCUAUGGUUGAUCUAAUCGGUCAUUACGGUCGUUUAGAAGAAGCUUAUGAUAUGAUAAAGAAUAUGACGAUUCGACCCGAUUCUGGCAUAUGGGGUGCAUUGCUAAACUCAUGUAAAAUACAUGGAAACGUCGAGUUAGGGGAACUUGCGUUAGAGAAACUAAUAGAACUCGAACCCGAUGAAGCGGGAAAUUACGUGAUUAUGUCGAAUAUUUACGCGCAAGCCGGGAAAUGGGAGGGGGUCACAAAGAUUCGGGAGUUAAUGACGAAUAAAAAACUAAAAAAAGAGGUUGCGUGUAGUUGGAUAGAGGUGAAUAACAAAGUGCACGCGUUUCUUUCGGGUGAUACGUCUCAUCCGAUGUGCGAUGCGAUAGACGACGAGUUAAAACGGAUUGAAAAGUUGAUGGUUGAAGCGGGAUAUGUGCCGAAUAUUGCGCCAGUGUUUCAUGAUGUUGAUGAUGAUGAAAAGAUGAAGAUGGUGUGUAGGCAUAGUGAAAGAUUGGCGAUCGCGUUUGGGAUUAUUAGUACGCCCCCGAAGAGUAAGCUUUUGAUAACGAAGAAUCUUCGGGUUUGUGAGGAUUGUCAUGUUGCGAUUAAGUUUAUAUCGAAGAUUACCGAGAGGGAGAUUGUGUUUCGAGAUGUUAAUCGGUACCAUCAUUUUAAAGAUGGUGUGUGUUCUUGUGGGGAUUAUUGGUAACUUAUUCAUUUGAAACCAUGGUUGUAAAAGCCCCGCCGAGGCUCCGAGUACUUCCCGAGUACUCGCUACAAGGUAGGCUGCCAAAGCCCGAGUAUUGUUCACCUAGGCCAAUUACUCAUUGAGUAAUCUUCGACUAGGCCGAGUACUUCCCGAGUACUCUCAAAUCCGACUAGUGGGCGCCUAGCGACUUUUGCAACCAUGUUUGAAACCAAGUGCUAAGUACUUGUUUUAUAAUUGUUAGAUCAUUUUUGUAAGGGGAAUGUAACGUUUGAUUAGCAUGUAAUUUAAUUGAAGAUGUUUGAUUG